GUCAUCAGAGGAAAACCUGCUGCUGAGAGUUGUAGUUCAGGCUCAGCUAGAGGGCUGUAUCACCCCCCAGUUAUGUACCCUCUUGGCCUCUUCAGAUUUUCUGCUUCUCUUUAACUGGAGAGUUUAGGAUAGGGGUGGCCAAAACGUCGAUCACGGUCCACCGGUCGAUCCCCCAUGGAUUUCUGCUGGACCGCGUCUAAGCCGGGAAAUGCAGAAGUGCGACGCGUUUAUUGGAGAGAAAAAGUGUGACAAUGGCUUCUGAAGAUAUUGCGCAGUUGACAGAUUCCCUGGCAAAGACAAAGGUGGAGGGAGGAGGAGAGCUAAGCUUUAAAGGGAAAAGCCUGAAACUCAACACUGCCCAGGAUGCUGAAGAAGUGAUUCGGGAAAUUGAAGAUUUUGAAGGGCUGCAUGCUCUGCGGCUGGAAGGCAACACUGUGGGACUGGAGGCAGCUAAAGCAAUAGCCAAAGUUCUGGAAAAGAAACCUGAUCUGAAGCGCUGCCACUGGAGUGAUAUGUUUACAGGAAGGUUAAGGUCCGAAAUUCCACCUUCUUUGAUAUCUCUUGGUGAUGCUUUGAUUACAGCUGGAGCUCAGCUGACCGAGCUGGAUUUAAGUGACAAUGCUUUUGGUCCUGAUGGAGUGCGUGGUUUUGAAGCUCUUCUUAAGAGUCCAGCUUGUUUCACUCUACAGGAGCUCAAACUGAACAACUGUGGAAUGGGAAUUGGUGGAGGAAAGAUCCUGGCUGCAGCCCUAACUGAGUGUUACAAGAAGUCUAGUUCCCAUGGUAAGCCUCUGGCACUGAAAGUAUUCAUAGCAGGAAGGAACCGCUUGGAGAAUGAUGGUGCCACUGCACUGGCUGAAGCUUUUCGUCUCAUUGGCACCUUAGAGGAGGUACACAUGCCGCAGAAUGGCAUUAAUCAUGCUGGCAUCACUGCUUUGGCAGAAUCUUUUAAAGCCAACUCUUUGCUGAAAGUGAUCAACCUUAAUGAUAAUACAUUCACAGAAAAGGGUGGCAUUGCUAUGGCUGAGGCAUUAAAGACACUCAGGCAAGUGGAAGUAAUCAAUUUUGGGGACUGUUUGGUCCGUUCCAAGGGAGCACAGGCUAUAGCAACUGCAUUAAAAGAAGGGCUUCAUAAAUUAAAGGAGCUUAACCUCUCUUUUUGUGAAAUUAAACGAGAUGCAGCAGUGGUCUUAGCAGAAUCUGUGGAAGAUAGGUCUGAAUUACAGAAACUGGAUUUAAAUGGAAAUUGUCUUGGUGAGGGGGGCUGUGAGCAGGUGCAGGAAAUCCUGGAAGGCAUUAGCAUGGCUAACAUAUUAGGCUCUUUAAGUGAUGAUGAGGGGGAUGAAGAUGAGGAUGAAGAUGAAGUAGAUGAUGAUGACGACGAUGAUGACGACGACGAUGAUGAAGAUGAUGAAGAGGACGUGGAGGAGGAGGAAGAGGAGGAAGAUGUAGAUGAUAAUGAAAACAGAACAAAGCCUAAUAAAAUUUCAUCACAUGUAUCCACACCAGCCGCUCCACCUAAACUUCCAGUUGAUGCAUCCACCUUUCUUAGCUUUCCCUCUCCUGAGAAGCUUGUGCGCAUGGGUCCUAAACGUUCUACAAUGAUAAUGCAGCAGAUCGAUGUUGCAGAUACGGAAAAGGUGGUCCAAACGUUCAUCCAGGUCUCCUCUGUGUACAGGGAUGACAGUGAAGUAAAGGCGGCUGUUGAAGAAACUAUUGAUGGUCUAAUGAAGAAGGCUUUUGAAAGCCGAGGUUUCCAAGAAAAUCUGUUUAUCACUAGUCUAUUGGUGCAUAUGGGACUUCUCAAGAGUGAAGACAAAAUUAAAACGGUACAGCACUUAAAUGGCCCCUUGCUAACUCUGAAUCACAUGGUACAACAGAAUUACUUCCCAAAAUCUCUUGUUCCUAUACUUCUGGCUUUCAUCUCAAAGCCCAACCGUGUCCUGGAAAAUAACGCCAGUGCCAGACACACAUUGCUGCACAACCUUCAUAAUCUGUAACCUGCUUUGCUUCAACUUGGACUAAACUUUACCCAGCCCACAAAACAUAAAAGCUCUUCAUAGCAGGUUAUAUAUGAGCAAGGGUUUAUUAGGCAUAUUGCUGGGGAAUAAGUUCCUUCUGGUCUUACCUACAAGGGGCCCCAUUCCAGUCUUUUUGUUUACAUUUGAAAAGAACUGUUCACCUCUCAAUACCUUGAUGAUCCAGAGGCCCAGAUUUGGACUCCAGAUGAGCAUUUUUUAUAGGUUCAUUGAGUGUUGUGUAACUGAAUAAUGUUACAUCAUUGGACAGUUCUCAUAUUCUCAUUGAGUGGCGCAUCUGUGUUUAAUGCCAAAUUAUUGGAUAAUACUUUGUAAAUUGAGUUUAGGGACAGUAAAAGUACUGUAUCUUUAUCAUAAGCGAUUGUACAUGUAUACACUGUAUUCCUUCCUUAACGAGAGAAGCUGUAAUGCAUAUCGGGUGCAUAUUUAGCCCUUGUAAUUCCUGAAACAGUCUACUCCUGUUCCUGCCAUAACUUUAGCCUGUUUGUCUGGCAGAGCUUGGCUUUAAGCUAAGGGAACUAUCAUGCAUAGUACUCAAAGGGUAACAGAUUACUCUUACAUUUGUAUACACUGCAAAUCAUAUUCAUGUUUUAUUUAAAUUACCUGGAGCAGAUACUUGUGUUUUGGAAAUACUUGUGCAGUUAUUACUUGGCACAAUAGAAUUGCAUUCAGUGAUUUAAUUACGCUCACUCCUUAGUCUGCAAUUGUUCUACAGGAAGAAUGUACCAUAGGCCUUGCAGAUGCCAUUCAUACCUAAUGUGCCAGUACCCUGAUGGCUGUAAGGUAUUGCUGCUGUUCCUGUAUAGUUUUCUAUGUAGUCCUCUUUGGUGCCUACUCAAUGGACAUUUGAAAUUGUUUUAGUCUUUAUAGCUUUUAGAGUAGAUUUGGGAGCAAUUGUGCAAAAGGAAAAAAAAAAUAUGUAGCAUUAAUGUCCUUUAAUGGCUGAGUAGAAAAAGAGUGUAAGCCUUUGGGUAUCUGUCAUCAAACAGCAUCCUACCGUGCUUCCGCCAGCUGAUUGCAUCUACACGUGGGGGCGGCUUGCUCUGCUUUUUAUAAUCAGUUAUUAAAGAUUUCCUCUCUAUACCAACACUGCUGGCAAGAGUGUUGGAGUUUUUUUUUUUUUUGUUUUUUUUUAAGACGCAAAAUGUCCCCAGUGAUUUCCUUUGUAAAUAAUUUGUAUUGCUUCUCAAGCAAAGACCCUACAGCUUCAGGGCGACUGUUGCUUCACUUCCAGGAGCCAUCAUGGAUAUCUAUAAGGCCUAUUCCAGAAUGGAUAUUCACAUCAUAUCAUGGCUCUCCUUGAUAAAACGAUUUAGCUUGGGUGUGUGUAUAGACUUGCUCACUUACCUCAAACACCACUUAAAAAAAAAAAAAAAAAAAAAUUGUAUACAUUGUGCAGAGUAGUUCUCCAUAUUAAAAAAAUAAGGAUAGUAACUGUCAGAAAUCUUAAUCAUCAAAUGACAGUAAUAAAACCCACCAUGGCUCAAAGGCACUGAUGACUUGUUCUGUUUUGUCUUGCAGGAGUUAAAUGCUUGUGUUUAAAAGUUUGUUGGCCAUUAGUAACUUUGGCACAUUGUGCAGUAACUAUGGCCUGCAGGAAAGGUCUGUCCACUUAUUCUGAUAUCUGAUUUCAUUGGGUUCUUAAUGGAACAAUUCAGUUUAAAAAUCAAACUGGGUAAAUAAACUGUACAAAAUGCUUCUAAUUUAGUUAGCCAAAAAUGUAAUCUAUAAAGGCUGGAGUGAAGGGAUAUCUAACAUAAUGAUCAGAACUCUACUUCCACUGCAUCUCUCUAACCUGUAAGGUGGCCAUACACUAUAAGAUCCACAACCAAUAUUCCCACCUAUGGUGGGCGAUAUCUGAGGGAACAGGACAUAUCCGGGUAAGGGGCACAUCAAUGAACAAAUGCGAUCUUUGAUCCAAGAGGAAAAUCAAGCCUGCCCUGUCGACAGCUGGGCAAUUUUUGGCUAUUGGUUGGGGAGGCCUGUUGGGGGGUGCCCAUAUUUUGGCAGAUAAGCUGCCCAAUCGCUCUGAAGGACCCAAAUUGGCAGCUGAAAUCUGCCCAUGUAUGGCCACCUUUAGUCAGUCAGCAACUUAGGGGGGGGUGGUACACGGGACAUAACUGAAGAGCCGUUAUAGAUAAUAUAAGUUUCAGAAUGUUAUUUUCUGUGUGGGGCACUUCUAAAAUAGCAGAGUUUUACCAUUAUAUACAUGUAUAUAUGUGUCUAAGGAGAAAGAACAGUUUUAAAAAGCUGAGAUUCUAUUUUUUUUGGAGAUCUUCUGAUUUCCACUAGUUUCUAUUUCCAGUCUCUGUUUCAUGCUCUCUUGGAUUCAUAUUUUAGCACUUACAUUCAUUGUAUUUAUCUGUAUAAAAACCUUUAUUAUAUUUAAAAAAAAAA